AUGUCAGUGUAUCAUAAUUUGUUGUUUCAGGCAAAACUUGAACGGGUAUUAGGUUGUACAGCAGUUUCACGGUCGUCAGUAGCCGUAGAUGAUAAUAAAGGCACUGUAGCAUAUCCAGCUGGGGCUACUGUUAUUCUUUAUAAUCCACGGACUAAUGCUCAAACUCACUUGGUUGGUACGACGAAAAACAGUAUUACAUGUUUGUCGUUUUCUUCAUGUGGACGAUAUAUAGCCACCGGAGAGAGUGGGCAUGAGCCUCGAUUACGAAUCUGGGAACUAUAUGAUGCAAAAGGACAGUUUGGUUUCAUUCAGGUUGCUGAUAUAAAGCAUCAUCAGUUAGGGAUCAGCUGUGUGCGUUUCACAAUCCACGGAUAUUUGGUAUCUGUAGGAAAUCAACACGAUCGUUCUAUCGUAGUUUGGAAUUGGCGAACACAGCAAAAAAUAGCUGAAAAUCGUUUAACUUCAAAAGUUCAUUCAAUCGAUGUAACAGCACAAGGCGGGUGCGUGACAGUUGGUAUCAGACAUGUCAAGUUUUGGCACAUUGCUAAAAAACAGGAGAGUUCUAAAAGUGUGCCUUUACAGGGUCGUUCAGCAAUUUUGGCUGAUCAAAGAAAUAAUACUUUCUUGGAUGUUUGUUGCGCUUCCGACAAUCGAACAUUUUCAAUCACUGAAACCAGCUUGUUGGUUGAAUUUCAUGAUAAGAAGUUGGUAAACACAUAUGAUUUGCAUGGAGAAAUUCCGCGCUCAAUCGUGCUUGGAAAUGAUGAGUUGUUUAUUGGUUUCAAUAACGGUUUUAUAAGAUGUUUGAAUAUCGCAACGAUGAAGCAUAAAUUUACGUUUUGUAAACCUCACCAUUUAUCAUUUGAUGUUGCGAAAGGUAUAGGACAAGAUUCACUCUCAUCUCAUUCCCAUCCAGAUGGAUGCAGAUAUCCUGAUGUACGUGCAUUAACAUAUAACAAGAAAAAUGGUACGCUUACGGUGGUUUACAGCGAUCGAUCUAUUUAUACUUGGAAGCGAACUGAUCAAAGUUUUCUCAAAAUUUCUUCACAGCUUUUCCAUGUUGGACCAGUAAUUUCAUUAGAGGUUUAUCCACCAAAUUCCAAUUGGUUGCCUCAAGGAUCCUUUAUCACUGGUGGUGUUGACGAGACGAUUCGCAUUUGGAAUGUCGAUCGACGAUUAACAUCUAUGAAUAAGAAUGAAUGUAAUUCUUUGCCAUAUUACAAUGUCUUUUCGGAGGAUCUGAAAAAAAUUAUUUUCCUCAGCAACAAUGAUUCUCAACUUAAUGAGUCACCAGACGAAGUUUUGGGUGCUUCUUUAUCUGAUGCCGGGAGUGGUGUUAAAUCACUUAAAGUAAGUCCUGAUGGAAGGCACUUAGCAGCAGGUGGCCGAGAUGGAAAUUUAUCAGUUUAUGACUUGACUGUACCCGACAUAAUAAUGAUCGCGUUUUUCGAAGCUCAUGAAAGUGACAUUAUGUGUAUGGAAUAUUCAGAUCCACAGAGUGUUCGCUACUUGCUAGCUACCGGAAGUCGAGACCGCAUGGUUCAUUUGUUUGAUCCUAUCAACAGCUACAAACCUCUCGCUAGUAUUGACGAUCACAGCAGUACCGUCAAUUCUAUACUUUUUAUUCAGCAAAUAAAUAAUUUGCAUCUAAUAAGUUCCGCUGCUGAUCGUUCAAUCGUAAUCAGAAAGUUGGUCGAUUCAAAGCCCUCUUCAAUAACUUUCUCACGUGUGACUCACAUAAAAUCUCAUUUUGGCUUGAAUUGUGUAGUGCCAAACACCGAAGGUAUGGUAGCUGCUUGUCAGGAUCGUCAACUUCGGACAUAUUCGUUUCAAGGAAAACUUGUGAAGCAAAUCAAGGGUUCUUCAAGUGAUGAUGGACAGCUCACCAGGGUGGCGCUAGAUCCAUCAGGUAUUUAUGCUGCGACAGUCUGUACAAAUAAGAACGUUUAUAUUGUUGAUUUGAACACUGGGGAGUCUGCUGCAGUACUUACUGGUCAGUCGGACAAUAUCAUGGAUAUAGCAUUUUCCACUGACUGCAGACAUUUGUAUGUUGUCUCCUACAGCGGUUGCAUUUUUGUGUGGAGAUUAUCCAAUUUUCUGGUCAAUAAAAUGUUGGCAGCUUUGUCGAAGAAUCAAGGUGUCAGAAUUGAUUCAAUGACAACUGAUAAAGUUGAUGAAAGGUCAGAGACACCUGAUAGUUUGCUGGGAAGCGGUAGUGACGCUGUUAGUGAUGAACAUAUGGAAUACUUUCAAAAUGCGAAGAGGAAGAAUUCAGAAUCCGAAUUCGGUUCAUUAAAUAGCUUGAAAAUUUAUGAUGAAAAUUCGGACAGCUGUAUUGAGCAGAAAUCAAUUGCUGUGAUUGUGGAGGCUCCAUGCACUGGAACGAUAAUUGAGUAG